AUGACGACUACCGAUCCUGGUUCUGAGGACUUUCUCAAGCAAUUUCAUAUUCCUAGCUAUAUAAUUGAUCCCGACUCGAAGGUCGAAUGCUCGCCAUUGAAACCUCAAUGUCCUGUUUUGGUUUUUAUCAAUUCAAAAAGUGGUGGCCAGUUGGGUGGAGAUCUUCUCGUCACGUACCGAUCCUUGCUGAACGAGAAACAGGUCAUUGAUUUAGGAGAAAAUGCUCCUGAUGCUGUACUUCGUAGGCUGUUUCUCAAUCUCGAAAGGCUCAAGAAUAAUGGUGAUGAUAUUGCUUCUGAGCUUGAGCAGAAGUUGAAAUUAAUUGUUGCUGGUGGAGAUGGUACAGCUGGAUGGCUUCUCGGGGUGGUUUCUGAUCUAAAAUUAUCUCAGCCGCCACCAAUUGCUACUGUGCCUUUGGGAACUGGGAAUAAUCUACCUUUCGCAUUCGGUUGGGGCAAGAAAAAUCCUGGAACUGAUCGUGAUUCAGUAAUAUCAUUCUUGGAUCAAGUGCAGAAAGCUAAAGAAAUGAAGAUAGACAGUUGGCAUAUUCUCAUGCGUAUGAGGGCACCAAAAAACGGUUCUUGUGAUCCAAUUGCUCCUCUUGAGUUACCUCAUUCAUUGCAUGCAUUUCGUCGGUGUUCUUCAUCAGAUGAUCUCAAUGUGGAAGGUUGCAUCACAUUCCGUGGAGGAUUUUGGAAUUACUUCAGCAUGGGCAUGGAUGCACAGGUUUCCUAUGCCUUUCACUCUGAGCGAAAGUUGCACCCAGAAAAAUUCAAGAACCAGCUCAUUAAUCAGAGCACAUAUGCAAAACUUGGAUGCUCACAAGGAUGGUUUUUUGCUUCACUCUUUCACCCUUCUUCGAGGAACAUUGCUCAGCUUUCAAAGGUUAAGAUCAUGAAAAGACAUGGUGAUUGGCAAGACCUCCAUAUUCCUCACAGCAUCAGGUCAAUUGUAUGCCUUAAUUUGCCGAGCUUUUCCGGUGGACUUAAUCCUUGGGGAACUCCAAACAUUCAUAAACGUCGUGAUAGAGACUUGACUCCCCCAUUGGUUGACGAUGGUCUGCUCGAAAUUGUUGGCUUUAGAGAUGCUUGGCAUGGACUUGUUUUACUUGCUCCUAAUGGACAUGGGACGCGCCUUGCACAGGCACACCGUGUCCGAUUCGAGUUCCAUAAGGGUGCUGCGGACCACACGUACAUGAGGAUCGACGGCGAACCCUGGAAACAGCCUCUCCCGGUCGAUGAUGAAACGGUUGUGGUUGAAAUCUCUCAUCUUGGACAAGUCAAGAUGCUCGCAACCCACGAUUGUCGAUCUAAAAGCGUGCUCGACCCUUCAUCUCCAAUCGUUCACGAUGUGGAUGAAAGGGACAGUGACAAUGAGGACGAGUCUGUUGGGGAAGAGUGGAGGAAGUUUGGUGCGGCCGACACGUUCAAGCUUCCGGACGAGGUUGACAUUUCCCAUCUCAGUUGA